GAUAAAGGGGCGGGGCCUGGCGCAGCCUGAGCCAGCGGGGAGCCCCUCUGCCGUGAUGUCACUGGGAACAAUCCCGAACGUUCCGAGCGCUGCGCAAGGGGAAUCCCCAGCGCGUCGGAGCCGGGAGUCCCCCGUAGGGGUGGGGGGAGAGCUCAUUACCGUAAUUAAUGGACUCCCCGGGGCCGCGCAGUGACGCCGGGGAUCGCGGCGCGGGGGAUGCCGGCAGGGAAGGCCGGGAGCCCCGCAGGUGCGCGCUGCCUCGGCGCCUGCUACUCAGCGCGGCGCCGCGUCCCGAGCUUCCCGAGCACCGCCGGGCUCCAGGCGGCAGGGACCUGCGUGCGUGGGGCAGCGGGCGAGGCCGGGCUCGCUCACCUAGGCCCGGUGCAGCCGUAGCAGCCUUGCGUUCGGGUUCUUCGUGGUGCCGCACAGGCAAUACAGACCUACCGUGCCUGCCACAGGUGCCUGGAAUCUCAAAAAGGUCGGAAAUCACAGCUCUACAGCAUCCUUCCACGCUUGUACGGAUAGCUUUUGUGUGCAGUAUGGACUCCCUCAGGAUGCACCCUAACAUCUUCCAUGCUCCUAAGACAAAAUUAUUCACCCUUCUCAGAAGUCCGCCACAGUCGAAUACAAACAUUUUUCCUUGCCACGGCUCCGCUCCCACCGUGCUUCCGGCUUGUUGCGGUGUCCCACCAGCUCUGCUCCUCUCCUUCUUCAGGCAAGAAAUGAAUGAAAGUGAAAAGCUGAGAGAUAUCUUGAAUCUAAUGAGGGGAGCCUUGAGUCUGAAAGGUUGAGAGCCACUGACCUAGGAGAAGAUUUUUGUGAAAAUUUCAGUCUCAUUAAUUUUUUAAACAUAAAAGUGCUCAGAGAAUUUCAGUAUAUGCAGGCUAUAGGGCAAAUACUGCCCUUCUCAGUUGCAGUCAAGGGAGGAAGUAGAGUCUGGAAAGCCUGAUGUGGUGUUGGAAUUCAAAUGACUCAGUCAGCAUUUCAGAUAAAAUGUGUUUAUUAAAUCUAAAGUCCAAUAUUAUUUGUAUGGCUAGUUUAAACAAAAAUACGGUAACAACAUACUAGCUAUACAUUAAAUAGCAGUGUUAAAAUACUUGUUAAUACCCACACUGUAAUUACAAUUACUAGCAUUUGAUCAGAUUACUAAACAGUUGGGCUGGCAAGGGAGAUUCUGCCUGUCCCAUGAUGGCUGACUACAGCAAAUCAGCUCCCAAAUAACCCAUCUUUCUUGAAUCCCUUUUAUCCCCAUUGUUUUAUCAUUUCAUCAUAUUCUCUGAGUUCAGACCUAAUUAGAAAAUUCAUGUACACUUAUCUUGCCUUUCCAAUAAAAGAAUGAAACUUCCCUUGUCCAUUCUUGAUGAGAUUUUUUCGGUACCUCCUAGGAUAAUGUUUAAUGUGUCAGGCUGGCACCAUUUCUCCCCUCUUUCCUUGGAGAGUACCACAUCAUAGAUUCAUAGAUUAAUAGAUUGUAAGACUGGA